UACAUCGAUCAUAAGUAACAAAAAAAGUGACGUAUAAUAUUGGAUGACGCAUACACAUGGUCGCCUAUGAUUGCCCGUUGGGAUUACACGUGACAUAGAUUCUGUCUUCUGUCCAACCUGGCUCUGUUUCUUAUUGAUAGACACAUCUCACGAAUACAGCAAACAUUGCUGAGCUCACCAUGGAUAAUUCCACAGAGAGCCCGCUGUUUGAAUUCGAUAAUUUGGCCCAAAGAGCCAUUCUUGCUACGCUUAUUUUGAUCAUAUCACUGAUUGGAAUCGCCGGCAACUCGCUGGUUAUCCUGGCUGUGCUGUUGUCCACGAAGCUCCGCACAGCUACUAACGUCUUCGUGGUAAACCUGAGCGUAGCAGACUUAAUGACCUGCCUGGUCAUCCCUUGGGACGCCGUGGCUUUACUGAGCCAACAGGAGGGCAUGCCGAUUGGCGAGUGGGUCUGCAGCGUGGUGGCCACGGUCAUCUUCACCACCGUCGGCUGCAGCAUUUUGACGCUAGCCUCGAUCAGCCUGAACCGCUUGCUGUUGAUCACUCGAUCAACGAGCACUUACCGGAAGAUCUACACCCCACAGAAGAUCGCCAUUUGGCUGGUGGUUAUUUGGCUGGUGCCUUUCCUCACCACAAACAUUCCACCGCUCGAAAAUGUGGGCGCUCUUGGUUUCAACAAGCAGUUCCAUUUGUGCGGGUCUAUCAACGCCCAUCCUCUCCACAACACGUACAACCUGAUCAUUUCAGCCAUCUUGUACCCAAUCCCAUUUGCCGUCAUUAUUGUCAGCUACUCGCUGAUCUGGAUUCACCUGCACCGUCAGGCCAAGAAGCUGGCGAUUAUAUCUCCUCCCGUCACUUCCCCGCCCAGCAGCGUUUCGACGCUCCAUAGUCACCAAUAUGCAAUCCCACCAACCAGCUCUCGGUAGGAGUAGCUGCGACCAACACCAGUCCGUCUCCAGGAGCAAACCGCCAGACCGAAGUCACAAAGAACAUGCUGUAUGCCGUUUGCGGCUUUUUCGUCUGCCUCGUCCCAUAUACGGUCAACCUGUUUUUCGAUAAUAGCCCACUAAUACCUUACACAACUGUCAUCGUUCUACUCAGUAACUGCAUCAACCCACUGAUAUAUGCAACCAAGCACCGGGACUUUAAGAAAGUCUUCGGCUGCAUCAUACGUUGCCGAUGGGUCCUCAUUCCCAAUCCUUCGGAUUUUCUGAAGGCUCUGACAAGGUGACUUGAGGCAUGUCCCCACAGAAUGAAAAAGAAAUAACAAAAAUGUUCGGAGGAUCAAGUUGAAGGUACAAUGUUAUAUCUUUAAAAUUCUAGACUUUAUUUAAACCAUUCAAUAUUAUAAUGAAAUAAAACUUGACCAAUAAUUCAAAAACCCUGAACCGUCCGAUAAUACAGAAACACAGUCAGUAACGACAAUUAGCCAUCUGUUUCCCCAUAUUUUGGGACUUUUUUGUGAUUCGGUUUUUGUUCGAGUUUCCUGACCGAUCCUGAUACUGAAAUUGAAAAGUAUUAUCAACUCUGAAAACUCGAAAAUAAGCAAUGAAACUCUGAAAAUAAGCUUAGCCGUAUCAAAUUGAGGAUUGCAUGAGCCAGAACGAGAUUCUUGACAAGUGUGGACAAAGGUUUUCGUCACUCACGUUACGUCAGUUUUAAAGGAUGGAAUGCACACUUUCAAGUUGAACGACAAGGAUGCAGGUUUUUAUGGUUUACGCGUUCAGGUUUUACACCGUAGUAGGUUUUAUAGUUAAAAACAUGUCUUUUGGGAUUGACCAUAAUAAAGUGGUAAUUUGAUAUCUGGUGGGUUUUCGUGACGUCACACUUAUGCACUUCAUAAUUGAUGAAGUCGAGAUUUUAAUUUAAAGGUGUACGUGCAAAACUCUCUCCCAGAAAAGCCCAGCGUGUCAGCUUUUUUGGCCACUUACAGAUUUUAUUACAGUUCAAAUUGUUUGGCCAGCUUUGUCAUUACGUGUGUACUAUCAGCCCUUAGGCCUAAGAUAACUGUUUCGAGACUUGUGCAUGUAGUUCCAAUCUCGGCUUCUUGACUGGAUGGGUUCUUACAGUACGCGAUGACUCAGCAAACAUCAUAACAGGGCGCCAAAGAUUUCUCCUACUCCACCCAUAAUCACUGCUUUGCGCUGCUAUAUUGCAGCGCUCUCGAAUGUCGGACAAUAGAGGGCAGCUUAACUACUGAGCAAUAAUAAACUAUUUGCCUAUUUAGUUUCUUUCAGUAAUUUGUUAUAUUCUUCAAUGUACGCCAAUUGAAUGCGCUGUUUGGUAAAGCUCUGUUAUUGCUGUUGCAACUUCGAAUGAAAGCGUUUUCUUUUUCCAGGUUCCAGAUGAAAAAAAAACAAAAUGACAUUGCUAAUAUAUAGCCUGAUUUGUAGUGGCCAAGGGCCUAUGUGUAGGUUACGGAUUUACACUAAGCCUUGGGGUAGGCUUCACUU